CGCAUGUUGAAUGGACGGGUGUAUGGCUAUCGACAGUCGAAUCCGUUUGCGAAUGUGCAGGAUAAUGAACCCGAGUUUGUAGAGUGGGGACAUGGAGGUGCGGGGAGUGUGAGGAGUAAUAAUUCGACGGGCAGUAGCAUGUAUGCCGGUGUGCAGAGUGCUGGCAGAGUUAGUAUUGGACAUACCGGACAGGGAGCCGGAACUGAGGCGCGCGAGAGGGAGCGUCGUGAAAAGGAGGCGGCUGAGGCGAAAGCAAAAGAGGAUGCCGCCAAGACGGACGUGGAUCCCACCGCCGGCAAAGAACAAGUUGAUACGACCACCACGACUACCGCUGAUAAUGCGGAAAGUGCUGCCGCGGGUGGAGAUAAGCCAGGGACGAAUGGGGAUUCGUCCGAGGACAAGGUUCAAGAGGGGAUCGAGGUCGAUCGGCUCGUUCCGCCUCCCUCUGAACAUGGCCCUACCGUUCCCUCGGCCGUUGCCGAACCAUCGUCCGUUACCGCGGUUCCAGAAGACAAGCAACACGAGUCGGUUACUCACGAACGUGCGAUGAUGAUGAUGGGUGGAGGUGGAUCGAUGACUCCGAUUAUGGAAGUGGAUGUCGCGUCGCCUGCUUCGUCCAAGGAUGGAGCAGGGACGCCGUUGAUGGCUAAAGAAGAACACCAUGUUACGGCUGUUACGGUUCCGAGUGAUGAGACGGAGGAUGAGGAUGCGACGGAUAGUGGUACGAGUGAGGAGGAGGAGGAUGAGGAGAGUGGAGAGGAUACAGAGGGUGAGAGUCGUGUUACGAGUCGGUGUGCGGGUGUCGAAAAGGUGUCGAGGCACAAGGAACAGUGCUAA